UGAGCGUGCGGUAUUAUGUCACGCGGCAUCCGGCGCGCCCCACCGCGGCGGGGGGGUCAGCGGCGAGCGCGGCCGCCGCGACUCGCGCGCCGCCCGCCGCCGCGCCAGCACGCCCGCGCACGCGCCGCGCCCCGCGAUGUGCAGUCAGUGAGCGACAUGGAGUACCAGCACUCGCAGCCCGUCCAGCCGCUCGGCCCGCCGGCGCCGCCGCCGCCGCUGCUGCCGCCGCCCACCCUGCCCUCGCUGCCGCAGCUGCAGCACGGCCACGUCCAGGACGACGACCGCUGGAGCCAGUACCACGUGUGGAGGCAGCACGUCUUCGUCAACGGCAAGUCGGUGAACGCAAAGGACGCGCUCGAAGACAAGAAGGAUGACAACGAGCUGUGGGAGGCGCAGGCCGCCUUCCUCGGCCCCAACCUCUGGGACAAGACGCUACCCUACGAUCCAGAUCUCAAGUACGUGGACCUAGAUGAGUUCCUGUCAGAGAAUGGCAUGCCCGGCGAGGGGCUGGGCGGCCCGCACCUUGGUGGUUCGGCCUUCGGCGCCGGCGCCGGCCUGGCGCUCGGACUCCAGGCGCCGGUUACCAAGCGCGAGCGCUCGCCCUCCCCGUCGGACUGCAUGAGCCCUGACACCAUCAACCCGCCGCUGUCGCCCGCCGACUCCACAUUCUCUAUGGCAUCGUCGGGCCGCGACUUCGACCCUCGGACGCGAGCCUUCUCCGACGAUGAGCUGAAGCCGCAGCCCAUGAUCAAGAAGUCCCGGAAACAGGUAAAUGAAUUCGUCCCGGAUGACCUGAAGGAUGACAAGUACUGGGCGCGCCGACGGAAGAACAACAUGGCUGCCAAACGGUCGCGGGAUGCUCGUCGGAUGAAGGAGAAUCAAAUUGCACUUCGGGCCGGUUACCUCGAAAAGGAGAACAUGGGGUUGCGGCAGGAGGUGGAGUUGCUGAAGAAGGAGAACCACAUCUUGCGCGACAAGCUCUCCAAGUACUCAGAAGUGUGAGCGCCGCCAGGCACAGUUAUACCGCACAUAAUGAAGCGCCGUGCGGUGCAGUGCGGUGCGGUGCGCCGCCUCGGGCUCGCAGCCCUACCAUCUACUCGUAUUCGUAACGCUUUUCAAAUAUUCGGUUUAAAUGUACUUUACUGACUAAUCGUAUUGUUAACGUGCUGUGUAACUAUCGCCCCGCCCUCCCCCCGGCAGCGUCUUCCCCCCGCGCCCGCACGACUCGAUUCGCUGAAGUGGCCGCGUCACGGUCCGCGUGACGUCACGACGGCGCCCGCGCACUGCCGGCGGACGCUCUAGGGGCGGCUCGGCGAAUCGACCGGACUUCUCGCUCCUCGUUAAGUUAUCGUUAGUUCAUUUACGAAGCAGUUACCGUGAGUUGUUCUCUUAGUUUAAGGUGAUCUUUGCCAAAGCUCGGCUCGACCUCCGACCUUUCGUCGUCUCUAAUUCCUUCUUCGGACUCGGUUCGACACUCUACAGGGUUAGUCAAUGACGUACGGACCAAAUUUUACGAAGUCGUUAUUUUUAAAGAAGUUUGCCGCGUCCCCGUCCCGAGCGCCCCGGCGCCGGCGGCUCGUCUAAGUUAAUGUUGUUGAGUAUUGAUACUACGGCCCAGGCCGCGCACGCGGAUUGCUCAAGUGGCUCGCGCAAGUAGUGCUGCGUCUGUACAUAGGUAGUUGUAAUGGCGCCGCGCCGCGGACAGUCCGCCCGCCCUCCGUCCCGCCGCCCGCGGCGCGGCGCUUCGCUGAGCUCGCUUCGUAGACCGCUCCCAGACCGGCCGCGGGGCGGCCCGGCCCGCCCGGCGCGGCGUCGGCCCGGCGUCGACCCGAGCCGGCGUCGGCCCAGCGUCGACCCGGCCCGGCGUCGGCCCAGCGCCGACCCGCGCCGGCGUCGGCCCGCCGCUUCGCGCGCGUCGCCCGUCGUUUCCGUAGUGAGCGAACACUAGUUUCGUUUCAAAUUUACUUAGUGAAUAGUUUAAGUAGUCCGUAGUUUCCGUAGCGUAGUCGUUUUUAGUCUAUUUUGUUAUGGCUGUAGUUGUUAACGUUUUAAAAGUUUAUAUUUUUUUUAGUUUUACAAACCUCGCGCGCCGCGCGUGUCCCACAUGUCUGCAUCAACUGGACUCCCAAACCGUACUCUCUUUGACUCGUGCUAAUGUUAUAUUGAUAUAUUUUUGUAGGUGUUUGUCGUUGAUAAAUGAGUCAAUUGAAUGUUUAUUGAAUUAAAAUAAAUUAAUGUUUAUGGACUAAGACUAAGAAGUUGUUGCAUUUUAAAGUAUUUUAUGAAUACAAAGCGAGAACAAUAAAAUGUUUUUUCUAUAAAGGUUUACAUGUGAAGGAUAAUAUAAAGGUGUGACGGUUGAACUUUUAAAAUGCACUGUUUCAUAUCAAAUGAUAUAACUCUUAUAUUGUGUAAUGAAUUUAAUGUUAUUCGGCAUUUGAUAUUCCAUCUUGUUUGUUAAAUGGUAUACAUUAAAUUAUGCUAAAUAUCAUGUACGUGGUACUUAUACUGUUUACAUAAUAAUGAAAUUGUUUCUGCAGACAUCAUAACGGUUGGGUGUGUACUGUGUGUGUAACACUUGUCAGUGUGAGCGGCAGCGAGAGCCCGCUCCGUAUGUGUAUUGACAACGUAAUACCAUAUUGAUAUAUGUAGUAUUUUAAAAGAGUCUAAUUUAAAUUUUUAAUUUAAAUGGUUCUAUGGAUUGAAAUAAAUGUUAAUUGUUGUAUUUAUGUUUAUUUAUUUUGCGGCCGGCCGGUGCGCUUGAGCGCCUGGUCACCAGGAGAAAUGGUCACCAGGCCGCCUGUCGCCAGAACUCCGCGCGCCGGGCGGCCGGAAGCCGGCUAGUUUACUAAGCCGCUGAUACAUUUCCUCGAUCGCUGUUUUAUGUAAUAAAUCGUGGUAAAAAGUACCUUGCACAAA